CAUGGGAGGGAACAGGUGCACGUGUGUUCUAACGCCCAAUCCGCGGCUUCCGGCUACAGGGGCCGUCUAGCCACGAGAGCGCCGCUCUAUAGCCUCUGACCUCCCCGCCGCACAGGCCCUAUCUGCCCCCCUAGGCCAGUGGGUGGUUCAUUUCCGUGCCUGGGGGUCCCUCUACCUCUGCUUCCUGCGCUCUCUAUGAUCUUCUGCCGCCUCCAGCGCCCACAGGGGCGCCUCUAGCCGCCGCACUCCCGGCUCUAUGGUCCGCGCGGCCCGGAGCGCUUCCCAGUCUCCUCAGCGCCCGCGUCGCUGCUGCUGUCGGCCGGAGCCGGGGGAGCGAGCGCGGCGGCGGCGGCGCUGCCGGGGCCUGCCCAGCCUCCCCGCUCUCGGCGGCCAUGGAGCUGGAGGUGCCGGAGGAUGCGGAGAGCGCGGCAGCCGCCGAGGCCGGAGCCGUCACCCCGGAGGCUGGAUGGGGGGGACCGGACUCGGCAGGAGGUCUGGCACUGAAGAAGACGGCCCUCACUGAGGCCCCAUCAUUACCAGGACAGCCUGGAGUUGGCCAAGGAAAGAAGAUAGGUCAUCGAGGAGUUGAUGCUUCUGGCGAAACUACCUACAAAAAGACCACUUCGACCACUCUGAAGGGGGCCAUCCAGCUGGGUAUUGGUUACACGGUGGGGAACCUGAGCUCCAAGCCGGAGAGAGAUGUCCUGAUGCAGGAUUUUUACGUGGUGGAGAGCAUUUUCUUCCCCAGUGAAGGAAGUAACCUCACUCCAGCUCACCACUACCCUGACUUCAGGUUCAAAACCUAUGCACCCGUGGCUUUUCGGUACUUCCGGGAGCUCUUUGGAAUUCGUCCAGAUGAUUAUUUGUAUUCGUUAUGUAACGAGCCUCUGAUUGAGCUGUCGAACCCUGGUGCCAGCGGCUCCCUCUUCUAUGUCACCAGUGAUGAUGAGUUCAUCAUAAAAACUGUGAUGCACAAGGAAGCGGAAUUCUUACAGAAACUUCUUCCUGGCUACUACAUGAACCUGAACCAGAACCCACGGACCUUGCUGCCAAAGUUCUAUGGACUGUACUGCGUUCAGUCGGGAGGCAAGAACAUUCGGGUGGUGGUGAUGAACAAUAUCCUGCCCCGGGUGGUGAAAAUGCACCUCAAAUUUGACCUGAAAGGUUCAACCUACAAACGCCGGGCAUCCAAGAAGGAGAAGGAGAAAUCCAGCCCCACUUUCAAGGACCUGGACUUCAUGCAGGACAUGCCGGAAGGCCUAAUGCUGGACACAGACACCUUCAGUGCGCUGGUGAAAACGCUGCAGCGAGACUGCUUGGUGUUGGAAAGCUUUAAAAUCAUGGACUACAGCCUGCUGCUCGGGGUGCAUAACAUAGACCAGCAAGAACGGGAGCGGCAAACGGAGGGAGCCCAGAGCACGUCUGAUGAGAAGCGUCCCAUUGGGCAGAAGGCACUUUACUCCACAGCCAUGGAGUCCAUCCAGGGUGGGGCUGCCCGGGGGGAGUCCAUAGAUACAGAUGACACAAUGGGAGGAAUCCCAGCCGUGAAUGGCAAAGGAGAGCGCCUCCUGCUGCACGUAGGAAUAAUAGAUAUCCUUCAGUCCUACAGGUUCAUCAAGAAGCUAGAACACACUUGGAAGGCCCUUGUCCAUGAUGGGGACACGGUGUCAGUGCACAGACCCAGCUUUUACGCAGAGAGAUUCUUCAAAUUCAUGACCAACACAGUGUUCCGAAAGAAUUCCUCUCUGAAAUCGUCUCCAUCUAAGAAAGGACGUAGUGCCUUGUUAGCUGUCAAGAUGCCUGGCCCAACAGCUGCAUUUUCAGCUAGCCAGAUCCCCUCGGAGAGGGAUGAAGCCCAGUAUGAUCUCCGAGCCGCCAGGAGUUACCCCACGCUGGACGACGAAGGUGCUAAACUUAACCAGGACAGGGGGGAAGCAGGAAGGCCAGACCUGCUACCCUGCACUCCCCCUUCCUUCGAAGAAGCAACCACAGCCUCCAUAGCAACGACGCUCUCUUCAACAUCGCUCUCUGUUCCUGAGCGGUCUCCCUCGGAGACCUCUGAGCAGCCCAGGUACAGGAGGCGCACACACUCCUCAGGGCAGGAUGGCAGGUCUCACGAGGAGGUUCGGGUUGAGGAGGAACUCCAGCAGAUAACCGUAGAGCUGGAAAGCAAAUGUGACGUUGAGAUCAUAGCUCCUGAGGAAGACGACAAAGGGGAGGCAGCCUCUUCAGCCUGUGCCAUCGCAACAGCCACAGCUACAAUCGAAGUGGAAACAGCUAGCCAGGCCUCAGAACCAGCCAGCCAGGCUUCAGAUGAAGAUGAUGUGCCAGUCGCAGACAUAUACUUUUAAUCUCUAUGCAGACACUGAAGACCCAGAGAGCAGCGUUUCCCUCUGCAGGUUGAUGUGUUCCCUUUCGUUGACACAGUCGUUCUGAUGGGAUGGGGAUGAGCUUGCUGCACGGCUGGAUCUGGGCACUGCGUGUCAGGCUGGAGCGAAACGCUCUCUAAACGUGUAUUUAUACCUAUCCGAGACACGGACAGCAAAGAAACCUCCCACCCAGAGCGCCUGCGUCAAGCGGCCUGGGUAGUGACUGUUCCCGAACAGGCACCACUGCAGCUACCUACCCGUGUGUGAUACUGUGAACCUUUUUAAUUUUUAAUCAUGUAUUUAUUUCUUUUAUCUUUGCACAGACACUGCACAAAUGUGCUUUUUUUUUUAAACAUUUAGUUUACUGCACUUUUUUUGGUUGUCAUGUUCUAUUUAUGUGCUUCAUCAAGAGUGUGAAACCUCACAGGAGACAGAGAGCAAAUCUUCACUUGGGGGGGGUCUGAGGAGGGCAGGUCCAGUCCUAGCUUCACUGAUGAGGCGGCCAUGUGGUCUGACCCCCAGACAACAGGACUGGGAGUCAGGAGGCCAGACUGUGUGACCUUGGGCAAGUCACUUUGCUACUCUGUGCCUCGGUUUCCACAUGUGUGACUGUGAGUAAUACCCACCUGGACCCUCAGAUGAAAGGUGCUAUGUGAAUGCAAUGUAUUCAAGGCCAGUGAUGAGAAUUGCUCCUGUAUUCAAGCAGUCUGAGUUAGACAUGCCACUUGAUCUGAAUUUAGAAAUUGCUAGUGACCGCUACAGUUAACUUGUUGAUCUGUAUGGGAGAAGCAAAAACACCCUUGGCUGUAAUGACAUGGCUUCUUGGCCUGGCUCUCGUCUGGGCGUUGGAGAUGGUGGGGGCUCUGCCUUCACCAUGAACUGUGCUGCUCGGUGGUGGGCUGGAGAUCUGCUGGCAGACUGAUAUUCUGGAAGGCUGCUGCCUCAGCCAUGGGGCGUGGAAGGAGGAGAACUGUGACCUGCAGCUGGGCAUUGCAGGCUAUUGAAGUCACUUAGCAGCAGCAUGUUCAUGACUCUAUCUGAUGCUUAAGCGUGUGAGCGUGUCAGAGGUUCAUGUGUAAACCUUCAUAGCUGAAACCGACACGCCACCCUUCCCCCAUAUUGAAGGAGGUCAGAGAAUCCCAGCUGGAAGCGUCUGUAUUGGGCACGUGACACACAUGCUAUUGACGCGCAGCCAGGGGAGGCCAGCUGUGGGAUGUGGCCCCUGAGUCUCUGAGGCAGAUAGCGCUUCUCUGUGCUUGAGAGGCGUCUGUAGACCAGACAAGAUUUGGCUUCACUUAACCAUGAAAUGAACAAAGCAGUGACCUGGAGUUGACUUCAAGUUCCUCCUUGUGAGUGUAGGAUACUGCAGCUGUAGGUCCUGACUUCUCUAGUGAUCCCACCUCCUCUCCCAUGAAUUAGAAAGUCUUGACUGCAGAGAGGGCUUGGGCUUGUGUCUGUCCUCCUUGGACUCCAGUGUAAAGUGAGGGGUAACGAUCACUUUUUAAUGCUGUUACAUUCUUCAAACCUCUGUUCUCAAGCUUCCCUGUGCAGUAGCAGUGAGAGGAUGUCCCCAGUCUAAGCACUGAAGAACUGGUACCGCAGUCUGGCCUGGCAGCACUCAGGACAUAUUGGGGAAGGCAGGUUGGGUCGGUGGGAGUGUCGAAGCUUUUUUCCCAGGAGCUGCCAAUGUUCUGAGAAUCUUCAGCCGAUGACUUUCUCUUCCUUUUUGAAAUACCCGGAGCCUGCGUUUUCAAUCCCUGCCCUGCGGAGGCUGAAGACUUGCACUCCCAAUGUGUGCCGGGCUUUGUAGGAGCCAUUACGCUGUUUGAGCUUCACCUUUAUUGGUCUAGAAUAUCCUUUCUUUGGAACUCAUGUGGGUUUAAAAGAACCCCUCUUCCCUCCUUAACGGCGGUGAAAACAAAGAUGCUGUCAUUACAUCCAUGAGUCAGGUGGCGAAUCUGCUACAGAACUCUGGCAGGUUCCUAAAAGCUUUCUCAGAAUCCUACAUAGCCCCUUCUCUCAUUGCACACAGGUGGAGGUACCGUCACUUGGGUAUUGGGUGGUAUCUAGUGCUGAGCUCAGGCCCACCUGGCGGUCUCCUCUCCAAAGAGAAGGCUGGCGAAGGAGCUAGGGAGGUGAACAAUGCAGAGACUCCGUUACUGCUGAGUGCUAAAGGCAGAAGAUUUCAGAACCCAGCUAAAAGUACAGCGCGACUUUUCAGAAGCACUGAGCAGCUCCAAGUCCAAAUGAAGCCGGUGGGAGCUGCAGAUGCUCAGCCCUGUGACAACCAAGCCCUUGAUUUCAACAUCAGGCAAACUAGGCUUUGGGAGGAGCAAUGAAGAUGAGCUAGGCCCAUCUCUGACCAGCAUUUCAGGGCUCUGAAAGGAAGAUGCUUCCUUCCUGGUAAUCAGAUCCUUAGCCUUAUGCCUUUAAAAGAAGAUGCUGAAGUUUGGCACUUCUGAUUGCCCAAGAAUAAAGAUCAGGAUUUUAUUACCUUCAACCAUUUGGAAGAUCUCUGAUCAGUUUAUCCAGUCCACCUACUCCAGUCAGUAUCUCUGCGGCAAAGACAAAGCAUCUUCGGUGAUGAAGUUUGCAGCUGUGGCGUUUCCUUGGUCUGCUCCCACAUUAGAGGCUGAAGCCGAGAGCCUUGUUCUGUGAUGUUGGAAAACUGAUCUUGCUUCCUCCAUUCCAGAAGUAUUCCUUGAUGUUCUCGGGCAGCUUCAUCUGUGUAAAUCUCCUGUUUUCAACCCUUUGCAGCAAGCAAGUAUUUUAGGGUCUGUUAUCGACUCUGUACGUCUUCUAAGGAUUCAGCUCCGCUGGGCAUGCAAAAGAACAUCGCCAAAAAACCCUUCCCCGGAGCCGCACUGCGGGGGGAGUUGGUCAGAAAUAAACCAUGUCGUUCACUUGCAGUCCCAGCCCCCAAAGCAUGGUGCUGUGUUGUCUUGUCUGUUGCAGGAGGCUUAAACUCCCAUUUCUGUAAUGGGAGAGGCACCUGGCUGAAGGAAAGGACCCGUCGGGUGUGUCUACAUUGCAGUUAGACACCUGUGGUUGGCCCGUGCCAGGAGCUGUUUCACUGCAGUAUAGAUGUUCCGGCUUGGGCUGCAGUCCAAGCUCUGAGACCAUCCCACCUCACAGGGUCCUAGAGCCUGGGCCUCAGCCGAAGCCUGAACGUCUACACUGCAGUUAGCCUCACAAGCCCAGCCCAGCCAUGGGAGUUUAACUGCAGUGUAGACAUACCCUUGCGCUCAAAACAAGCUCCUCUUCCAUCAGUUGGACUCUUAUUUCCUGCCUCCUGGACUUCAGCAUAGUAGUUUUGCAAGGCUUAAUCCUACAGUAGGUGGCAUGAGGGAGCUCCCCGCUUCCAGAUCUGGACUGGGGAUAGCGGUUUGCUACUGUCAGUUACCUCUAGGGAUGACACAGCCACUUCCUUUGGGGACGGGGAGGAGAGGGGUUGCAUCACUCAGUUCUGCCCUAGAUCUAUGGUGAGGCUUUGCACUGUGGGGAGGGAAGUGUUUGUAGAAUUUCUCAGAGACUGUUUAAACAGCAGUCAGUCUGCUUCGCUCCAGCAUGAGCCGGAGCCGUCCUACCUCACAUUCGUUCUUGGGGUGGUAUGAAAGUGGCACUCUUACAUUUAUUGUACCUACCAGGAUUUUCAUUGUUAGCUUCACUGUAGCUGACAGUUUGCUUACGAGCUAUCGCCUGUUUCAAGAUCUAGUCUAUUGUAUCUUGGAAAGGAGGCAUCUUGUUUCUUUUCCACUGAAAUGUUAGUGGAACAAUCCAGUGAGACCCUAGGCUUCAAAGUAGCUUCAUGUCAUUACUGUCCCACCAUCAUCCCUGCAUCCUGCCUCUCUCACCUGCUCAAAGUGCGUGGUCAUUGCUUCUGCUACGGCUGUUUCUGAGCUCUGGGGUAGGGGAUUCCGAGGGGAGGGUCUCGUGCCAGACUACAGGGUGCGGAAUGCACAUGGGGGUGUGAUUAAGACCCCACUUCAGUAAAGAAAUGCAAAAUGUUGACUGCCAAGGUGGCCUCUGGGCUGUUGCUGGGUGUUCCAUCCCAAGUCUGAGCCUUUCUUGAGCAGCUCCCGGGCGGGAGAAGCCUCAGUGUGAAUGAUUCAGCAGGCGCACCACCAAAACAAACUCCACUCCACUCCAGUGUGGUGUGUGUUCAGUUGGGACCUUUCCAGAGGGAACAGGAGUAACAGCUUCUCCAGAGAAGACUCCAAAUGUGAACUGUCACUGAAAAUGAACAAACUGCAGAGACUGGUGCUCCAGAGAGACUCCUGGAACCCCCCAAAGCCCCAGGCUCUGCUAGGAGUCUGGGAUCCAUAGCUGUAUCCUUUAUUGCUGCUAGCAGUCAGUCACUGCAGGUAUCCUGCUGUCACGCCCCCGCCAGUAUCAUCUGGGUGCGUGUGUCGAAAUCCCGCAAAAAGAUUUAAUCUCCGCACUGAAGCUGGCAUGGCUGUGAUCCUUGAUGACAGGGACAAGCACAGAGCUUGUGCCAUCUCAUGCUGCCAUCAUCAGCCAGUUGACUCUUGAAACACAUUCCAGCCUUUCCUUGUAGCAAAGAGCCUUCCCUGAGCAGCUAACCCAGCCCUGGUAUCUUUUCUUCACACUCCCACCCAGCAGCAUGGCCCACGGCUUUCAAUGGAAAGGAGAGCUCAGACUUACUGGAUCAGGUCUGAAUUGUUUGAAGUCUACAUUAGACCAAGUAUAAUAUAGCUGCUGUGCAUAUUAGGUCAUUUUGUAUGUAUGCUCCAUGUAAAGAAUGUAUGUAAGUGGGGGGGGGAGUGGGGAGAGCUUCUCUGAAAAAAAGAUGAGACUCCAUGGAUAUUGUCAUGUUUCUCUUUUUUUGUUUCAGUUUAAGUCCUGAAUGCUUUUUUGGAAGUCUUUUCUCAGAGAAAUGUAAAUUGAUGCUAAUUGUUCUUCAGCUGUGCGAUAAAGCAUAAUGUUGUCUUUGAUGUAAACUCAGAGGCAAGCAAACUAUUUAUAAUGUCUAGUGAAUUAAUUGCCUUACCCGAAACCCCAUGGGAACGGUUCCUAACAAUAUUGUUUCCCUUUUUAGUGUAAAGAAUUUUGUAAAUACUUUCAGCGUGAGAUUGCACCCCUAGUUUGUCUUGUCUCUCUGAUGGCUGCUAUUGCUCAGAAAGUGGACACUGUUUGAACGAUUGUACUGUAUUAAAACUAAGGCAUUUUGUGAGACAAUUGAGAUGCAAUGUUCUCUUGGAAUCAUGAACCUAGCUCAAAAGGCAAUACUCGUGUUAAUAGCAGAGUCCUCUCUCCCACCUGUUGGUGACAUUUCCCACAGCCAUCGCCUGUGCUCAUUCCUGACUCCCAUAGAGAGAGACUGCUGCUUUUGUUGAGCCUUGGGUUUGUAGCUCGAGUUGAUUGGCCAUUAACUCAAGUUGGCUAAUACGUUUGUAAAUAUGUGGCCAAUCCACACGUGUGUCCUGACCCACCUGUGACGUACCCACAGUCGCCCUCACAGACGGGUCGGCUAACUCAGCUCAACUUGCAGUGAGUUAACUCGCAUUAAACUCUGACCAAGGCAAAACCGGUUUUGUUGUUAAAUUGCAUCGAGGUCAAUCUUCUCUCAUGUUUUACUUUGUAACUUAUGAAACGUUGUAUGUCUUUAACUAUUGAAGCGGGUUCUAGUAGAACUUUUGAGUCCGACAAUACUUUGACAAUCUCUAAGCUUUUUUUUGUCGAGGGGAGAGCUGUACCUUUGAAGCCAGAGCUGUGGAAUUUCUGUAUACAAUGUACAACCACCUCUGACGUGAACUAAUAACACUUGUAUGCAACAGCCUCCUCAUUCUGCAGCCCCUCCUCCCCCUUCCUUUAUUUUGGAAAGGAUCUCUAAUAAAUAGAGUAAUCAUGCA